AUUUCAUAUUUCAAAGCAAUCAAAUUGCAACUACUAGUCAACGGUUGACACUUCUCAAAAGGUGUUGCUCACUGCUCAAACAAAUGUCGUUCAGUCUUGAAAUGCCACAAAUGCUACCAGCACCCAGAGAUUGUUAUGCAGUGCCUGGAAAACCUGGACACUCGGAGCCAUUGACUGUUGUAGGAUGGGAGCAUAUGGAUCUGAAACUCUUCUAUCCAUCUGCACUUUUCAGUUCCUGGAGCAUCCGUACUGCUCUCUAUCCGCUUGCAGUUCUUCGGAGCCAAUUGCAACUUCAGAAGCAGAAUACAGUUUAUCGAAGCACUUUUCACGCAUAUUCUGAUAUUUCUAAACGUGAAGGAUUUCGUGGAUUGUACAGAGGAUUCUGGAUUACAGUACCACAAAUUGGAUGUUCAUUCAUUUAUUCGACCAUCUUUGAAAAGUGCCGUGCUGUUCUUCAUGAACAAGGUAUACAGUCUGUUGGUGGUGUAGCAGCGGUUGCCGGUGGUUUGGCCAGUUUUGCGACUCAAUCCAUUUUUGUUCCAACUGAUAUUAUUGCACAAUAUAUGAUGAUUUAUAAGAAUACUGACAAGCUGACUGCUGGACAUGAUAAAUCUGUAAUUGAUGGCGUUCGAAAUCAUGUGAAAAAUGGAAGUGGAUUGGGAACAAGUGUGAUUAAGGCAAUCUAUAAGACAGAUGGAAUUCUCGGUUUUUAUCGUGGAUUUUGGGCAUCAACAGCUGUCUAUGUUCCUCAAAUGCUGACAUUUUGGCCAAGUUACUACUGGAUGUUGGGACUUUUCAAUAAGCUUCAUCCCGCCACAAAUCGCAGUCUUCUUUUUGAUCAAGCAGUUGCAGCAACACUGGGAGGAGUCAUCUCAACUGUAGCAACCAAUCCAAUGGAAUUGUUUCGUGUCAGACUUCAAGUUCAUCGUGGCAGUUACUCGAAAACCUUAGAGACUAUGCUUCGUGACGAAAAGACGGCUGUUUUCACGAAAGGACUUACACCGCGCAUCAUUGCCAAUUCAAUGUAUAGUGGACUUGUAGUUGUUGGAUACGAAAUUGUCAAGAGAUUAUGUGCAAAAGAAGAGUACAAGCAUAGAGUAAAAUGGUAGAUUCAUGCAAUGAAAAAUUGAUAAAACAUGAUGAUUUUUCCAAUAAAAAAAUGUUGAAU